UUCAGCCACAUAAACUGACACGGACGGAAGUGUUUCAGAGCGAGCCCAACACAAUCUUAUCUUAUCUCAACGUGCAAGGACAUGCAAAAAAAAAAAAAAGAAAGAAAGAAAGAAAACACUCGCCAUUAAGAUGAAGCAAUCUCUCUCCAGGUGCCCGGGUGAUUUUGGCGUGCAGAGACAUGGUGAAAGGCGAACACGCUGCUAAAGACAUCAUGAGGGAGGUGAAAGGAGCCAAAGUAGUCGCCAGGCAACUGGAUCUGGCCGACACCAAAUCGAUAUGCCAGUUUGCUGAGAAUAUCUACAACACUGAGAAAGCUCUUCAUUAUCUGAUCAACAAUGCAGGGGUGGCCAUUUGCCCCUAUUCCAAGACAGUGGACGGCUUCGAGACACAGUUUGGAGUCAAUCACUUGGGUCACUUCUUCUUGACUUUCCUGCUCUUGGACCUGCUGAAGCACUCGGCCCCGUCUCGCGUCAUCAACCUGUCCUCGGCGGCUCACGCCUUGGGCAGGAUCCAGUUCGACGACCUGGGUGGGGAGAAGAACUACCACCCGGUCAAGGCCUACGCGCAGAGCAAGCUGGCCAACGUCCUGUUCACCAGAGAGCUGGCCAAGAGGACCGAAGUUUUAGGAGUGAUGGCUUACUCUGUGGACCCUGGAGCAGUGAACACAGAAAUUACAAGACACUUCUGGCGCCCUCUUGGGGACCUGGUGAAGAACUUUGGGUUCCUGAUUAAGACCCCAGCAGAAGGAGCCUACACCACCAUCUACUGCACCGUCACCCCGGAGAACCAGAUGGUCACUGGAGGAUACUACAGGGACUGUGCCAGUGCUGAGAGCUGCAGAGCAGGCCAGGACGAUGGCACCGCCCUGAAGCUGUGGGCUGUCAGCUGCCACCUGCUCGGCAUUCGCUGGAGAUAAACUUCGAGGCGCCGUCCUCCGAGCAGUGGAGACAAAUCUGCCCGCGCCUUCAGAAAUAGGCCUUUUUAGAAGAAACA